UUGGAACAAGCAUGCUCAUGACACAAUCCAUAAACAUAGUUAUAUAGCAACGUGGUUCUAUAGGCAGAGCAAGAAUAUUUCUUGCAUAUGACAAUUUUGUUUUGAUUAUUAAUUUCAAUUAUUAUUAUUAUUAUUUUGUUUUGAAAAUGAAUCGCCAUCCUAAACCAAGUGCAAUUCUUGUUGGCGAUGAAAUAGGGCAAUUAAAACGAAUUGAUUUGAAGAAAAAUGAAACGCAAAUCAUUGAAUUGAUACCUGAUGAAGCAAAACAUCCAUCAAAAAGUAUCGUAUCAAUACAUCCAUUAAAUAAAGUUCAUUCAAAUUCUACGGAAUUAUAUUUCUUGAUUGCGAGAAAAGAUCAUGAAAUUUUCGUUUAUGAUGCCACCACACAUGAAGUUCGACCAAUUAAAUAUAUAAAUGAAAACAAGACACCAUUAAUUGGUAGUAGAUGUAUUGAUGAUCAGAAUAUUGUCAUCGGUUUUAAAGAUGGUUCAAUCAAACGUAUCAACGUUGAGAAUGAUCUUUGUUUUGCACGAUAUAAACCAAAUUUAAAAGCAAUCAAUCUAUUGGGAAUCGAUUCAUCCGUAACAUCAUUUGCAACAUCACCAACUCCAUCGAGAAAACGGAAAAGAAUUGACGAUAGUUUUUCAAUAAAAACAUCGAAAACAGCUAAUGAAAUCUCCAAUGAACAACAGAAUAUUUUGUCCAUAUUUCAGCCAAAUUGGAAUGUUGAUAAUACCCAUUUAACAUGUUUUGAAGCCCUCAAAGAUAAAUUGGCCAUUGGUGGCUUCAAUUCUGAUUUGAAAGUUUUCGAUCUAAACACUGGUCGGUCAGUGUUUAAUGCUAAACCAGUUAACACCGAUUGGCUUGGAAUUCGACACGAUAUUUGGAUCAGCGAUAUCGAAUGGAUUGGUUCAGAGAAUGGAAAUGAUUCACAUUUAUUGGCAACAUGUUCUCGAAGUGAACCAUACAUUCGUAUUUAUGAUAUCAAACAACAGCAACGAAAACCAACAAUGAUAAUCAAUUUAAAACAUUUAAACAAUGAUCAUAGCUCAAAUCCUUUGUCUUUUACUAGUUUAUGUUCAUUACCAAGUUUAUCACAUUAUGGCCAAGCAUCGUCAAGUUUGAUUGUUGGAACAACAUCAGGACGUAUGAUUACCGUUGAUCUACGUAUGAAAACUAAUGGCUCCAAGAUAUUGGGAUCAUUCAAAGGUUUCAGUGGUGGUUCGGUUCGUGAUAUAAAAUCCAUUCAAGAUUCACAAAUUUCGCAUAAAAUAUUCUCAUGUAGUAUAGAUCGUUUUGUUCGUAUACAUACAAUGACUAAAACACAACGAACAUUGGAUAGAAAAAUAUAUGUAAAAACUCGUCCAACAUGUUUAUAUCCAAUAUCGAAUAAUGAUCGAUCCGAAACAAAUACAUCAUCAUCAUCAUCAUCAAAUAGUUCCGAUAAUGAUGAUGAUGAUGAUAACAAUAACGAAAAUGAUGAAUUUUGA